UGAUCCCUAGGUUGUCAUUUAAUGUCGUGGAUUUGUCGAGUGCUCGUGAACUUUAAAUAAACUCGUGAAAUAAAUUAAUAUACUCAAACAGCAAGCAACACUAGGCAUUUAAUUUAUACAAACACAAAGUUGAGAGGUUAAUAAAAAAUCACAAAGAACAAAUGUCGAAACAUCACAAUGGCCAAGGCUCGUCAACUCAGACCUACAAACUUGUUGUUGUAGGUGGCGGAGGGGUGGGAAAGUCGGCGAUUACAAUCCAAUUUAUUCAGAGCUAUUUUGUGACUGACUAUGAUCCCACCAUUGAAGAUUCCUAUACCAAACAAUGUGUCAUCGACGAUGUGGCAGCCAAGCUGGACAGUGAGUAUACCCUAAAAUUAGAUAUGAAAAACAAAAUGUUAAUUAUUAAAUUUUUUUAUGCAAAAGUACUGGAUACUGCCGGCCAAGAAGAAUUCAGUGCAAUGCGUGAACAGUACAUGCGUUCGGGUGAAGGUUUCCUAUUGGUCUUCUCAUUGAACGAUCAUUCCAGUUUCGAUGAAAUACCCAAAUUCCAAAAGCAGAUACUACGCGUCAAGGAUCGCGAUGAGUUUCCUAUGCUGAUGGUGGGCAAUAAAUGCGAUUUGGAACAUCAACGACAAGUGUCAUUGGAAGAAGCACAGAACAUCAGUCGCAAUUUAAUGAUACCCUACAUUGAAUGCAGUGCCAAAUUAAGAAUCAAUGUGGAUCAAGCCUUUCACGAGCUGGUGAGAUUAGUAAGAAAAUUCCAAAUAGCCGAAAGACCGUUAAUCGAGGAGAGCUAUAGAAAUCGUAAGAAAAGCAGGUGUUGUGUCUUAUAAGGGGGAUUGUUGUUGUUGUUGUUGCAGAGACCACACCAAAAUUGCUGGGAAUUGCAGCAGAUCCCUUAAAGAACCAGGAGACAAAAAGAAAAAAAUGAAACCGAAAAACACCAAACAAAAUUUAUUUUCAAAAGCUGCCAGUGUUUAGAGUGAAUCAUUAUAAUUGAUUGGAUAUUUUAACAAAAAAAAAAGAAAAAAAAAGAAAUUAAAUGAAAAAAAAACCAAAACCCCCAAAUUAAAUCGAAUCCAUCAAUGUAGGAAACUUGAUAACCAACGAUUUUUUUGUAUUUAAAUUUAAAUUCAAAAUAAAAAAGUCUAUGUUAAACUAAACUAAAAAACCCACAAACAAACAAUAAGAGAGCUAAAUAUUUAUAUAUAUAGAAAGAUGUAUACAUACACAUAAAAAACAAAACUAUUGAGUAGCAAUUGACAUUUAACUUUUAACAAAAAUUAAAAAAAAAAGAAAAUUCAAACAAAAUCAAGUGACUGUUACAUUUUCGAAUUUCAAAGAACUUCAUCACACACAAACCCACACAGAAAAGCCGAAAGGCCGAAAAACUGAAAUAUUUAUUAU